AUGGCUUUUCACACAUGUGUUUUCAUGGGAAGAUGGCUUCUGGUAUGGUGCCUGGUGAUGUUUUGCCUCGCCUGUGGGUCACCGGACGGCGGCCGAAAGGGGCCAUCGACUACGCCGACCUCGAAUCGAUCCAGGACCCCUCGGUCGAGAGAUGAGCACGAUGGUCAAAGGUGGGUCUUCCAUGUGGUGCACGGAUUCCUGAGGGAGCAUCGAAUGGCGGAUGGCGCUUGGAGGAUUGAAUAUCCAGAGGACAAUGCUACCGCCUCAGCCUCGACGUCUUGUCAACCGACUGGAGCAUCGGGCGCUUUGGACGCCGUGGAGGGGGCGACCCACAACCUGCCAGAUGGAGUAUCGGGUGCUCCAGCCACGGCGGAAGGUGCGACCAACAACACGGAGUUGCCUGCAUCAUCGCAGGAACAACUUCCGGCACUACGGGCUGUGCAGACUCACUUGUGGGAGGUGAUGAGGGAAUUGACUGCCCACCUGACGGAAGGAGUCGAACUCAGUGAGGCGGCACAGGCACACUGGAGAGAUGCCACCACGCAACUUCAGGGCAUGCUUGGGGCCGGCAGCAACCCGGCGGAUCUUCAGACUCAACUUGGCGACUGGCUCCUGGGUCAAGCCUUGGAUCCUGAAGUGGUGACAUAUGGAUUUACGUGGACGAUGAGGUCGGCAACGUGUUCCUCGCCGGUGGGGACGGCCCAAUGGGUGCUGGACAUGGUCACCGGGGACUUGCCGGCCAAGCCCAGCCGACCUCAACGUGAUGCUGGAGGAGAUCAGCAGUGA